AUGUACACUCUUAAAAGCUCUGUGUCCGCAGGUGCCUUCGACCAGCACGGCUGUCCUCUGGUGGUGUUUCCAGCGGAGGCUCAGGGUAAACUCCCAGAGGAGCUCCGCAGAGAGGAGGUGUCCCACUUCAUACACUACUGUCUGCGCCUGCACAACAUAAGAGGCGAGGAGAGGCUGCUGUCUGUGGUUGUUGAUUUGAGGCAAGCCAACCUCGCCAUCGCACGCUUCAUUGCUGAAACUCUCCUGUUGUUGGAGGUUUCCAGAAGGAUCAUCCACUCGGUGUAUAUUGUUCAACCAAAGAAGAAAGAUGUCCUGAAGCAGCUGGGGAAACUCCUGACACCGAGUGGCUCCAAGCAGCACAGACCCGUCCUCUUCAAACGUGUCUUCCUCAAAGAGAUUUUUGAGCUUUCCAACUACAUCGACAGAAGCCAGUUACCGUCUAGUUUGGGUGGAUACCUCAUAUACUGCCAUAAGAGCUGGGUUGCCUUCGUUAAGGAGAUCGAUGCGUUUGUGCAGGAGUUCCUGUCGGUGGUGAACCGUCUGCCGUCCUGUAUCUGGACUCUGCAGGCGCUCGCCAAGCGUCCCGUCCCAGCAGACCUGGAGCGGCUGCAGGAGUUCUGCUGUGUGAACCAGGCACGCUUCCAGCAGCUUCGGAGGUACGGCUCUGACUGUUUGAGCUGGACCUCACAAAACUCCAGCACAUACGUUCACUAAUCUCACAGGGAUUUACAGGAGCUACUGCACACAAAGCCGAUUUAGCUCUCAAACCCAAUGUUUAGGGCUGUCUGUGCACCCGGUCAUAUUGUAGCUUGGGGUGGACGAAGUGCACAAAUCACGUGCUUGAGUAAAAGUACAGAUACCACAAAUAAAGUAAUACUCCAGUAAAAGCAAUGAGUACUC